AUGUUGUUCGCUGUCUCUCUUGCUCUGGCUGCUGCCGCCUCCGCCGUCACGGCAUCGCCUGUUGAGCCUAGAACCAAAACCACUGUUCUGCCCCUGAAACACGUCUCCAACGUCAGCUCAGUCAAGAACAUCGUUCAAAAAGGCCAGUCCCGCAUUCAAAAGAUCAACGGCAAGCACACAGCCGCCCGCGUCAAGGCUCGAGCCAGCUCUGGCUCGGUCACCAACGAGGAUGUUACCUACGUCGCCCCGGUCGUGAUUGGUGGUAAAACCUGGGAUCUCAUCGUCGACACUGGAUCUUCCAACACUUGGUGUGGUGCCUCAACCUCUUGCGAGCCAACAUCAACCGGCAAGUCUACUGGCGGUACUGUCUCCGUCACCUACGGCUCUGGCUCGUUCUCUGGCAAAGAGUACACAGACAAAGUCAGCUUCGGUGGUUUAUCCGUCACAUCGCAGUCGAUUGGCGCUGCUACCUCGGCGUCCGGCUUUUCUGGUGUCGAUGGCAUCAUCGGCUUUGGUCCCGUUGAUCUCACUGAGGGCACCGUCUCCAACGUCAAUUCGGUCCCAACCUUUAUGGACAACCUCUAUAGCCAGGGAUCCAUUUCCACUGAAGUCCUCGGUGUCUAUUUCAAGCCCGAGUCUGGAAGCGACACUGCUGACACCAAUGGAGAGCUGACUCUCGGUGGCGUUGAUACCUCCAAGUACACCGGCUCGCUCACGUACUUCUCGGCGCUCACAAGCGGCACUGCCUCUGCAUACUGGGGUAUCUCAAUUGCCAGCUUCACCUACGGCUCGACUACCCUUGCGUCGUCCGCCACUGGUAUUGUUGACACUGGCACGACCCUCAUCUACAUCCCAACCAGUGCCUACAACAAGUUCUUGACUGCUACUGGCGGCAAGACCGACAGUUCAUCUGGCCUAGCCGUGUUCACCACAAAGCCUACUUCGAACUUUGGCAUCAAGUUCGGGUCAACGACCUACACCCUUACCCCGGCCCAGUACUUGGUUCCGACUGCCCAGUACAGCUUCUAUGGUCUGAGCUCUAGCAAGUACUACGCUUGGAUCAACGAUGGUGGCAGCUCUGGUGUGAACACCAUCAUUGGCCAGAAGUUCCUUGAGAACUACUACUCUGUCUAUGACACCACCAACGGCCGCAUCGGUUUUGCUACUGCUGCCUGA